AUGAGGAAUAACAACUACCAUUCUGCUGAGAGCACAUCAGGCCAUCCUCCAUUACUAACAACUAGCAGUUCUGCUGAGAGCACAUCAGGCCAUCCUCCAUUACUAACAACUAGCAGUUCUGCUGAGAGCACAUCAGGCCAUCCUCCAUUAAUAACAACUACCAGUUCUGCUGAGAGCACAUCAGGCCAUCCUCCAUUAAUAACAACUAGCAGUUCUGCUGAGAGCACAUCAGGCCAUCCUCCAUUAAUAACAACUAGCAGUUCUGCUGAGAGCACAUCAGGCCAUCCUCCAUUAAUAACAACUACCAGUUCUGCUGAGAGCACAUCAGGCCAUCCUCCAUUAAUAACAACUACCAGUUCUGCUGAGAGCACAUCAGGCCAUCCUCCAUUAAUAACAACUAGCAGUUCUGCUGAGAGCACAUCAGGCCAUCCUCCAUUAAUAACAACUACCAGUUCUGCUGAGAGCACAUCAGGCCAUCCUCCAUUAAUAACAACUACCAGUUCUGCUGAGAGCACAUCAGGCCAUCCUCCAUUAAUAACAACUACCAGUUCUGCUGAGAGCACAUCAGGCCAUCCUCCAUUAAUAACAACUACCAGUUCUGCUGAGAGCACAUCAGGCCAUCCUCCAUUAAUAACAACUACCAGUUCUGCUGAGAGCACAUCAGGCCAUCCUCCAUUAAUAACAACUAGCAGUUCUGCUGAGAGCACAUCAGGCCAUCCUCCAUUAAUAACAACUACCAGUUCUGCUGAGAGCACAUCAGGCCAUCCUCCAUUAAUAACAACUAGCAGUUCUGCUGAGAGCACAUCAGGCCAUCCUCCAUUAAUAACAACUACCAGUUCUGCUGAGAGCACAUCAGGCCAUCCUCCAUUAAUAACAACUAGCAGUUCUGCUGAGAGCACAUCAGGCCAUCCUCCAUUACUAUACGUUCACAGCCCCUGAUGAUGAGGAAUAACAACUACCAGUUCUGCUGAGAGCACAUCAGGCCAUCCUCCAUUACUAUACGUUCACAGCCCCUGAUGAUGAGGAAUAACAACUACCAGUUCUGCUGAGAGCACAUCAGGCCAUCCUCCAUUAAUAACAACUACCAGUUCUGCUGAGAGCACAUCAGGCCAUCCUCCAUUAAUAACAACUAGCAGUUCUGCUGAGAGCACAUCAGGCCAUCCUCCAUUACUAUACGUUCACAGCCCCUGAUGAUGAGGAAUAACAACUACCAGUUCUGCUGAGAGCACAUCAGGCCAUCCUCCAUUAAUAACAACUACCAGUUCUGCUGAGAGCACAUCAGGCCAUCCUCCAUUACUAUACGUUCACAGCCCCUGAUGAUGAGGAAUAACAACUACCAGUUCUGCUGAGAGCACAUCAGGCCAUCCUCCAUUACUAUACGUUCACAGCCCCUGAUGAUGAGGAAUAACAACUACCAGUUCUGCUGAGAGCACAUCAGGCCAUCCUCCAUUACUAUACGUUCAUAGAUGACUGUCUGCCGGUCAGAGCCAAGAGUUGGAUGGACUACACACACAAAAUGAUCCAAAUGUCUUGACUCUCACUGUACAGAACAUGGUUUUAGUGUCAUACAGUACAUUUUUUACGAAGUUAAAAGCGAAGUUCCAGUCAGCAACAACCGUUUUAAAAGGAACUAAGCAUGUAUGCCUUAAACAUUUUAUGUACAGAACAUGACCAUAACCCCAGACAUUAUUCUACCCAUUUAACUUUUAUAUUUACACAGAUCAAGAUAUUUUACAAACUCUGAUCGGACUGUGACAACUUAAUGCCAGGUAGCUAGCUAUGCAUGAGUAAAAAUUCCCUAGGGGAACCCAAGUCAGGGAGAAAAACAACCUAUUACAACCUGUGUGUUGUGAUAAUUGCAUGAUUUGCUCUAUAACCUGUUAGUUCAUAUGCCUUGACACCGUGAUAUAUAGGUCUGAGGCCGAGACAAUAAGAAGAUACAGUGAUAUAUAGGUCUGAGGCCGAGACAAUAAGAAGAUACAGUGAUAUAUAGGUCUGAGGCCGAGACAAUAAGAAGAUACAGUGAUAUAUAGGUCUGAGGCCGAGACAAUAAGAAGAUACAGUGAUAUAUAGGUCUGAGGCCGAGACAAUAAGAAGACACAGUGAUAUAUAGGUCUGAGGCCGAGACAAUAAGAAGAUACAGUGAUAUAUAGGUCUGAGGCCGAGACAAUAAGAAGAUACAGUGAUAUAUAGGUCUGAGGCCGAGACAAUAAGAAGAUACAGUGAUAUAUAGGCCUGAGGCCGAGACAAUAAGAAGAUACAGUGAUAUAUAGGUCUGAGGCCGAGACAAUAAGAAGACACAGUGAUAUAUAGGUCUGAGGCCGAGACAAUAAGAAGAUACAGUGAUAUAUAGGUCUGAGGCCGAGACAAUAAGAAGAUACAGUGAUAUAUAGGUCUGAGGCCGAGACAAUAAGAAGAUACAGUGAUAUAUAGGUCUGAGGCCGAGACAAUAAGAAGAUACAGUGAUAUAUAGGUCUGAGGCCGAGACAAUAAGAAGACACAGUGAUAUAUAGGUCUGAGGCCGAGACAAUAAGAAGAUACAGUGAUAUAUAGGCCUGAGGCCGAGACAAUAAGAAGAUACAGUGAUAUAUAGGUCUGAGGCCGAGACAAUAAGAAGAUACAGUGAUAUAUAGGCCUGAGGCCGAGACAAUAAGAAGAUACAGUGAUAUAUAGGUCUGAGGCCGAGACAAUAAGAAGAUACAGUGAUAUAUAGGCCUGAGGCCGAGACAAUAAGAAGAUACAGUGAUAUAUAGGUCUGAGGCCGAGACAAUAAGAAGAUACAGUGAUAUAUAGGCCUGAGGCCGAGACAAUAAGAAGAUACAGUGAUAUAUAGGUCUGAGGCCGAGACAAUAAGAAGAUACAGUGAUAUAUAGGCCUGAGGCCGAGACAAUAAGAAGAUACAGUGAUAUAUAGGUCUGAGGCCGAGACAAUAAGAAGAUACAGUGAUAUAUAGGCCUGAGGCCGAGACAAUAAGAAGAUACAGUGAUAUAUAGGCCUGAGGCCGAGACAAUAAGAAGAUACAGUGAUAUAUAGGUCUGAGGCCGAGACAAUAAGAAGAUACAGUGAUAUAUAGGUCUGAGGCCGAGCGGUCUAUCACUCUGGCAUACAGUACACGCUUUUAGUUGUCCUAGGCGACCUGGCUAAAAUGUUUGCUCGCUAGUCUAACAAUGACAAUUCAAGUUGUUUCUGUCAAUGACGUUUUGCUGUUGAUCUGAUGUUAUUUGUGUAAAUCAAAUCCAAGCUGGCUUCCCUUGAUGCUUUUUUUUGUGUGUGCCAGGACCAUUCACAGUCGAGCUCACUCAGUUUAGCUCACUCAGUUUAGCUCACUCAGUUUAGCUCACUCAGUUUAGCUCACUCAGUUGAGCUCACUCAGUUUAGCUCACUCAGUCGAGCUCACUCAGUUUAGCUCACUCAGUUUAGCUCACUCAGUUGAGCUCACUCAGUUUAGCUCACUCAGUUUAGCUCACUCAGUCGAGCUCACUCAGUUUAGCUCACUCAGUUUAGCUCACUCAGUUUAGCUCACUCAGUUUAGCUCACUCAGUCGAGCUCACUCAGUUUAGCUCACUCAGUUUAGCUCACUCAGUUUAGCUCACUCAGUCGAGCUCACUCAGUUUAGCUCACUCAGUUUAGCUCACUCAGUUGAGCUCACCGCUGAUUGGUUAUUAUUGAAUUGUCAUUUUUAUCAAGAGAGGUCAAUUGCUUGCUGUAUUCCCUUGCAUUCAAUGCUAUGGGAGGCAACAAUGUCAUAGUCUUUUUCACCAGACAGCAUCAGAUAGAUGAGCUACACAUACAGAGACAGAGGGGUGCUGUUUGACUCGCUCGGAUGCUUUCUCUGGUGGGAUACAUUCAGCCUCUUGCGACUGGAAAGAAAAUUAUGAAACACAGACAGAUGAAAGGAAAUUGUUUCAUGUUUUUUUCUUGGUACGUUUUUUUUUGGUGAAGCCUGCCAUGAAUACUGCUUAGUGAGCCACUGCUUAAUGCAUCUAUUUUAAAAUGAUUGGAGAAUAGAGGCACUUACAUAUGCAGUUUCAUUUGUUUCCAAUACUCAAAGUUCUCAACACCAGGUCUACUGUACUGAGAUCGACGUUUCAACAUGCCUAAGUAACACAAGACAUAGUUACUGCGAAAACGUUUUUAUAUUAUGGUGUUGAUUCAAGGUUUUGUGUUUAGCCAGUGUGUAGCCUUGGCUCACAAUUAAUUUUGAACACGUUUUGCUGUUUUGGAGAUUAGUUUUGUUUUGCUUUGGCUCGUUCCAAAGGGAUGAGAGUUAAAGAAAUGUACAGUACCAGUCAAAAGUUUGGACACACUUACUCAUUCAAGGGUUUUUCUUUAUUUUUACUAUUUUCUACAUUGUAGAAUAAUAGUGAAGACAUUAAAACUAUGAAAUAACACAUGGAAUCAUGUAGCAACCAAAAAAAGUGUUUCAUAUUUCAGAUUCUUUAAAGUAGCCAAUCUUUGCCUUGGUGACAGCAUUCUCUCAACCAGCUUCAUGACGUAGUCACCUGGAAUGCAUUUCAAUUAACACGUGUGCCUUGUUAAAAGUUCAUUUGUGGAAUUUCUUUCCUUCUUAAUUUGUUUGAGCCAAUCAGUUGUGUUGUGAAAAGGUAGUACACAGACGAUAGCCCUAUUUUGUAAAAGACCAAGUCCAUAUUAUGGCAGGAACUGCUCAAAUUAUCCAAGAGAAAUGACAGUCCAUCAUUGCUUUAAGACAUGAAGGUCAGUCAAUCCAGAACAUUUCAAGAUCUUGAUUUGUUUAACACUUUCUUGGUUACUACAUGAUUCCAUGUGUGUUAUUUCAUAGUUUUGAUAACUUUACAAUUAUUCUACAGUGUAGAAAACAGUACAAAUAAAGAAAAACCCUUGAAUGAGUAGGCUUGUCCAAACUUUUGACUGGUAUUGUACGUAUAUUAUUAUGAAUUGUAGCAACAUAUUUUCCCUAUUAAAAGUGCUUGUAACAAUGAAACAAAACAAUUACUGCAUUAUUGGUCUUGCCUUGAGUGUAAGAACAUUUUACCAAUGCAUGGAAAUGUACUGUAACUAUGUAAUCAAAUAAAAAAAAAUUUUUAAGAGCAAUAAGCUCAAAUUAA